UUUUGAUCCAAACACAAGCACAAGCACAAGCACUUUCUCUUUCUUUCUUCAACAGAAACUCUCUCUCUCUCUAUCUCUGCCUCCGUACACAGUGGAAUGCAGAUGAGCUCCAAAGCGAUAUAUAUUGUAAACAAUAUCAAGCAGAGGAGAUCGCAAUAUCACUUCAAAAAUACGAUAUUACUUCAAACAAAACAAAUUUUCCUCAAUUUUUUGAAAAAUUAAUAACAACAAAAUAAACAGAUCCUCUUCAUUUAGAGUUUUAUUUUUCUUUAGGUUUAAGGAGCAUAUGCAUUUCUUCGAGAAAGUGAGGCUGUGGAGGAUUUUUUGGACUUGGGUGUGGUUAAAAAUGGACGGUUGAGAUUGUUUUUGAGCUUGUUUGAGAUCACAGCUUUAUUGGAUUUCGGAAUUUCUUUUAGGUUGGGGGGGAGCUAUCGGUUGAGGUAUGGGGAGUUCUGGCGAGACCUGUAACAAGGGUAUCGAUGCGUCGGUGGGUGGGUUGGUUUGGGUCCGCCGGAGGAAUGGGUCGUGGUGGCCCGGUCGGAUAAUGGGUCUUGACGAGUUGUCAGAGAGUUGCUUAGUUUCACCGAGAUCGGGUACUCCAGUGAAGCUUCUGGGUCGCGAGGACGCAAGCGUGGACUGGUAUAACCUUGAAAAGUCAAAGAGGGUAAAGGCAUUUCGAUGUGGGGAAUAUGAUGAAUGCAUUGAAAAAGCAAAGGUAUCUGCAGCUAAUACCAAUAAAAAGGCUGUGAAAUAUGCACGGAGGGAAGAUGCCAUUCUCCAUGCUCUUGAAAUCGAGAAUGCUCGACUGGGAAAGGAUCGGUUGGAGUUUAGUGCUAGAAUGGAUAAUUCUGGUGGUGAGCAUGGUAGUUCAGCUAGAGAGUCACCUUCCAUGUCUAAUUCAGGCAAUGAAAAUGGGGAUAUGGAAGAUGAUGUGAGUGAUUCUGAAGAUAAUUCAGAUUCAGCACAGGAAUUAUCUCAAUCUGGUAUAUCUUUUGAAGAACCAAAUCAUACAAGUUCUUCUAAGGUGCAAUCUGUGCAGGGAAGGAGACGGAGAACCCCAAAUGAUUCAGAAGAUGAUGGAACAGAGGGAGUUAAGCGAAUGAGAGGGCUUGAGGACUUGGGGAUUGGUGUAGGAUGCAAAAGAAAGGUCCAUGCUGGAGGUCUUCUUGAGCUAGUCCAACAAGAUAAUGCUUCACUCUCUGAUUCAAGCAAUGUGAACUGCAUGUCUAAUGGAAUUAGUGUAAAUGGUGGGAAAUCUAACUCAUCACUGAGAAGGAAGAGAUCUCAAGUGGCAAAUGUUCAUGAAUUUUUAAAAAGGAAGAACCGUCGCCGUCCUCUGACAAAGGUUUUAGAGAGUACGGCUAUGGUGUCUGUUCCAGUCGUUUGUAAUCAACUUCCCCCUUCAUGCGGUUCACCUCAUGGGGGAUUAACUGAUGGCAAGGUUUCUGGCAUCGAAUCUACUGAAUCAAAGAGAAGUCUCUCUGUAGUAAUUAAUAAUAACUCAGACAGCACUGUAGUUUCAUGCGAAAAUGGGACUUUAGAUGCUUCUGACCAAGCUUGUGAUGCUUCCCAAAUUAAUAGCAAGGAAAAGGAGAUUGAAAUUCCCAGUAUAUCUGGAUUAGCUGAGAAUGAUUCUUCUGAUAGGUUAUUUGAUGUGCCAUUUGUUGGGGAGGAAAAGCACUCUUCAGGCCUUUCUCCUUUACUUAUGCCUUCUUCAUCUGGAAGGCCUCAAAUUGGCUCAUUGAGGAGGCAAUCUAGUCAAAGCAGUCUGGUAGAAGCUUUAUCUAUGAAAAAUGAGGGAAUUAAUGAGAGUGGGUCUACCAGUUCAGCAGCUGUUCAUGCCGAUAUUGGCCCGAGGAUAGAGAAAGGUACUUCAGAGUGGCAGUUAAAAGGAAAGCGGAAUUCAAGAGUAAAUAAAGAUAGAAAACAAGACUCAAGAAAAUAUGUGGACAUAAAUGAUGAGUCCAAUGCUUGUUUGGCAGGUAUAGAGCAUUUGGAUGGAUUCUCUCAGGGUUCUGAUCUAAAGGUUGAUUGCAAUGGCACUACUGGAUCCUUUGGUUCGUAUAAUUGCACUUUACAAGCAAAUUCCAAACCAGUUUCUGAAGACCAGGCUGAUGGGUUGCAUGACUGGAGCAAGCAUCUACCCCCACGGGAGUGCAAUAUGAGAGGGUCAACAUCUGAGGUGAAGCUAUUGCCUGAUGCCUCGCUAACACCACAAAGGUUACUUCCUUAUCGUCAAUCACGCUUUACAAAUAACAGCAGAUAUCAGUCAUCUGAUUUUUCUACUAGAAAUUACUGCCCUGAUGCCUCUUUAUAUGAUGUUAAGCUUGAGGUGAAAGCGAAGUAUAGGCCGCCGCAUGUUCCGCUGGUUUCCCUCAUGAGUAAAUUGAAUGGUAAAGCUAUUGUGGGCCAUCCUCUCACAGUGGAGGUUUUGGACGAAAGCUAUUGUGACAAUUUGUUAAGCAGAAUGGAACAUGAUCUGGAAGGUGGUGAAAUGGUUUAUGGUAAGCCAUAUUCAGUAAGUGGAAGAACUCCAACCAAGCAUUUGGUAUUGCAACCGCGACAUUCUCCUAGGAAGUCACCAAAAACAAAGAAAUCUGGCUUGUUGCCUAAAAAGAUUAGGAAACUGUCUUCACUGACUGGUCACAAGCAAUCUGAAGAGAGAAAACAAGUGGUUGAGAAACCAAAGGCUCCAUUAAUAGCUUGUAUUCCCCUUAAAUUAGUAUUUAGUAGGAUAAACGAAGCAAUGAAUGGUUCGGCACGACAAACACACCGCAUUUUAACAUCAAGCAACACAUAAUGGUGGGUUCCUUGGGGGAAAUGUUGCGGUAGCUCUACAUUUUACCUUUGAAAUUUGUUUCCUUGGAUUGGGGGGGUGUUUUUGAUUCAAUUUCUGCGGCCUAGUUAGCUGAUGCUUCUUAUUUAACCAUGUUCGGUUGGCAGCAUGCAUUAUACGAUCUGCCUGUGUGGUAGAAUCCCUUUGUAUAAUUUUCAUGACAUUUCGAUGUUGUAGAAACUGGUAGCCGUAUGAUCAAUGGAGGCUGCUCAUGGCUCUGUAUAUAAUGUAACAUUAGAUGAGUUGUAAAGGUGACCUAGUAUUAGGUGUUUCAUGACCUGAUAUUAGGUUUCUUAGUUUUAGAAUUUGAUUCCAGAGAUCAAAUAACUUCAUUCCCCACUGUACUUCUGCCAUUUGUCAUGAUAUUAUUAAUUUCUUUUGAGGCACUUCCCUUAUUCAUA